CGUAACAACGCAUAAUCCAGCCGAGACUAUUACGCGGUCGGACCGGGAAGUUUGUUUUGCUUCAGAUCUGCAGUCAAGAAACGGUUCAAAACCGGGCGAUAAAUGUUUCGGAUUAAACAGAAGAUAGCGGUUUAAUAUGAAAUGGAGGGCGAGGAUGAGCUCUCGGAUUUUCGAAAGCGGUGGAAACAGGAACUGGAGAAAAAGACUCGGUUAAACAACGACAGUGCUGUCGGGUAUUUCGGACACUGCAGCCAAGCGGAUGGGAUUAAUCAUGCUGGGGGAUCUGGGAGGAAACGCCGAGAUGUUGAAGGCUCAAAAUGUCUUGAGGAGGGUUGUAAUGACCAGCCUCAGUACGUGUCCAUCGCAGAGGGUUUGCUGGAUGGAAGGAGUAGCCCCCUGCUGGCCAGGAUGGAGGAGGAGAGAAUGCGGAGGAAGCGGCGCUGUGAACGGGGAGAUGACCAGCAGCAGAUCAGCUCUGCUCCACAGACUCAGAGGAGACCUCACCUCCCACUCAUCGACCAGUUUAUUCAGGAUUUGAACGAGGUGAAUGAAAUCCCCUUCUUCGACAUUGACCUGCCAUAUGAACUGGCCCUAAAGAUUUUCCAGUUCCUCAACAAAACUGAACUGGGACGAUGUGCUCAGGUGAGUAAGUCAUGGAGAGUGUUAGCGGAGGACGAGGUCCUGUGGUACAGGCUGUUCCUUCAGGAGGGGUAUCACCGAGGAGCCAGCGUCUCCGACUCGCCCUGCUGGAAAAGCACGCUGAGGGACUGCGUCAACACUGAGAAAACUGUCAAGUACAACUGGAAGAAUCGAGUCGGGUCCAUCAGCCAUCUGCAGUAUGAACUGGGAAAAGUGUUGUGUGAUGUCAGUUCCUGUGACAGACUGGUCAUUGCUGGGUAUACCUCGGGUGACGUGAGACUCUGGGACACUCUCCACUGGGACUCGGGGGCUCUGAAUCUCCAGCCUGGCCACAGCAUCAGAGCCGAGACCUCGCCGCCUCACGUUAAUCUGGUACGAGUCACCGAUACUGUCGCCUGCGCUGCCUAUGAGAAUGGGUGCGUGGAGGUUUGGAGCACUGAAUCCGGUGCAGAGCCCAUCCAUCACUAUCAGCACCUGCAGCAGGUUUGUGCCCUCGACAUGAGCGCAGACCUUCCGGUCGUGACCUCUGCGUCUGGGUCGGAGGUGCGAGUGGACACGCCGGAUGAUCGGGGCUACUGGAGGACCGUGUGUCUCACCCAGUUGGCUAAACCUGUGGACGGUGUGUUAGUGGUUCCAGGAAAGCGGGAGAGCCCACUGGUUUCAGCCUGGGCUGGUGAAAGCGUGUAUCUGCUGGAUCCAAAUAAGAGAGAGGAAGAUGAGGAGGAAGGAGCCCGAGUGCUUCACUCAGUAUACGGACAGCCUGUUACCUGCCUGGACGUGAGCGCGUGCCGAGCUGCCGUGGGGGUGAAGAGCUGCGGCUGGGGCAUGAAUGAUGGAGGGAACAAGAUUCGGAUGUACAGUCUGGAGACCGGGCAAGCCGAGCUGGUGUUGGGGAACUCGGCUGGAGACUUCACCUGCAUCAGCCUGAGAGAUGAGCUCCUUCAUCUACUGGUGUGUGGGAACAAAGACAGGCGGGUGCGAGUGUUCGACCUGCGGUCCGGUUCCUCGGUCGUCUCGCUGUACGCACAUCACCUGGGAGUGACCGCGGUCCGAGCGGAUGAUUGGAAGAUUGUGAGCGGCGGCGGCGAGGGACUGGUCUGCGUGUGGGAGAUGAGGAUGGGGGCCAAACUCUGGGAGAUGCACAACAGGCACCCAGUUCGUCACAUACGGUUUAACAGCAGCACCCUGGUGACGGCCAACAUCCCAGAUGAAAAGAACCCACGUGGUGCGUGUAUCACAGACGAUGACCUCACUGCUCACCGCAGACACCGGGGGGCGAUCUGCUACUACGAUUUCUCCGUAGAUUCCUCCUCCCAGGACCACGUGCUGCCCAUCUGCAGGUCCGACUACACCGAGACCAGUGGCUACAACUACAACAUCGGCCUGGCUAUGCCUUACGACACGCUCGCCGAGCCUCACAGCCCGGGUCUCUGACCCACAAUGCACCUGGGCAAGAUUCUAUAGUUUUGCUCUUUGUUUAAAAUCAGACUUUGUACAAUGUAAAUACCUCUAGACUUUUUAAAAAAAACGUCCGUCUUGACAUGAUGUGUUCAUUCAUUUUAUUGAUAUGAGGAUUUUGUAUUAUAUUUUGGAAUCCUCUCUCUGUGGAGUGUUAAUGGUUAUAUUUCCCUGAAUUACAGUCAUGAUUUAAAUUCGCUUUAUAUAUUUAUUUAAUUACAGUAUCAGUCACUUUGCUUAAUUAUGAUUAAGGAAAAUAAGAGAAGAAUUGGUUUAAAAUCUCAUUUUGUAUAUCGCUUCAUUGCUGAUUAAACAUUUACACUGGAGCU